GCAGAGAGGAGCCCUCCAAGGGGCCAUUGGUGUCUCAGAGCCCACGAGGCCACGGAGGGAGAGGAGGCCUGAGGCCCAGGGUCGGCCCCAGCCAGCCAUGGCCGCAGCUGAGACCGCCUUGCCCUCCAUCAGCACCCUGACCACCCUGGGCCCCUUCCCCGACACACAGGAGGACUUUCUCAAGGGUACCCUGGUGUCCCCCGAAGCCUCACGCUACCGGCUCCCUCCCCAGUGGUGGCGCUCUGAGGAGGUGCAGGACUUGGGUCCCGGACCCCCUGAUCCCACCGGGCUGCCCCUCCACGUGAGGCCAGAGUCGCAGGACGCACCCAGGGAGGACGAAGACCACGAGAGGGACUCGGCCACCGCCUGGGACCUGGAUCUCCUUCUCACCAAUUUCUCGUGCCCAGAGCCCGGCGGCGCGCCCCAAACCUGCGCUUUGGCCCCAGGCGAGUGCUCCGCGGUGCAAUUCCCUCCGCCGCCGCUGCCACCCGAGACUCCCAGCCCGUACGUGGGCGGCCCAGGGCUGGUGGCUGGGCUCUUGGGUCCCGAGGAGCACCCGGGCUGGGCACGCCCGGCCCCAAGAGCCCCGGCCCCGGAUGCCUUCGUGGGCUCAGCCCUGGGCCCAGCUCCCGAGCCCAAGGCACUCCCGCUGCAGCCGGUGUACCCCGGGCCAGGUGCGGGCUCCGCCAGUAGCUACUUCUCGCGGACCGGGCUUUCAAUGCCCACGGCGCCAGGCGCCCCCUACGGGCUGCUGUCCGGGUACCCAGCGCUGUACCCGGUGCCGCAGUACCAAGGGCACUUCCAGCUCUUCCGCGGGCUCCCGGCGCCCGCGCCCGGUCCCACAUCACCCUCUUCUUUCUUGAGUUGUCUGGGACCCGGGACGGCGGGUGCGGGACUCCGGGGAACGGCAGGAGACCCCGGAGGGAUCGCGGACGCCGCGCCCUCCAAACGCAGCCGGCGAUCGUGGGCGCGCAAGAGGCAGGCGGCGCACACGUGCACGCACCCGGGCUGUGGGAAGAGCUACACCAAGAGCUCACACCUAAAGGCUCAUCUGCGUACGCACACAGGGGAGAAGCCCUACGCCUGCACGUGGGACGGCUGUGGCUGGAGGUUCGCGCGCUCAGACGAACUGACCCGCCACUACCGGAAGCACACUGGACAGCGCCCUUUCCGCUGCCAGCUCUGCCCGCGCGCUUUUUCACGCUCGGAUCACCUGGCCCUGCACAUGAAGCGUCAUCUUUGAGACCCACCCCAACAUGUGGACCCUUCCUGGGGGUUGGGGAUGGAACAAGAGCAGAUCCACGCAGGUGGUUUUCCCUCAGAUGGAUCCUCUCCUGGAUUUGCGCGACCCCACAGAUCCACCCAAAGAUCAAGGACUGGCCCAUAGACAGACCUCGGGGAGCCUCCAACCAAAGGUCCCACACGUCCUCAGUCGCAGGAGCUACACGGAGACAUCCAAUGGUCCCACAGAUACAGCGAGACAGAGACAGAUCUUCAAAUAAACGACUCAGUUGGACACUCAGACAUUUCGGACAGAGAGAUGGAACCUCAGAGAGCUGGACCCUCAGACCAGCUUACAAGAAGUCCUGGGCAGUGGGAGUGGUUGUGGGGUGAAGGUUCCCAGAGACUCUGGGCCUAGUAGAGGGGGCUUCACAACGUGGCUAAUGAAGCCCGGGAUAGUGGCUGGAUCUGCUGUGAAUGGUUAUGGGUCCUGUACCAAUGCCGCUUCCAGAUAAAGGCUUUCAGCGAUGGCCUGA